GCCACACACGCGUGCUGCUUCGAACCGCUAGUGUCGGCGUGUUCGGCCAGCCAGCCGAUGCGCGGGAGCUAGCGUGCCCCGAUGUGCGGAUGGUAUUAUGCAGCAGCAUCGGCCGCCGUGCCGCCUGGACACCGCUUCUUGCCUCGUCGCGCUGUGGCUGCUCGUCGCGGUGGUGCAAGUGACAUCGACAGCCUACAUUCACAAAGCGUGUGACAGCGAUGGCGACUGCGCGGACGUGCCUAACACCUUCUGCAAGGGUAACGAAUGCAUUUGCCUGCCAAAGUUCAGCCGCAACUACCCGCCCUGCAACGAAGGUAUCGAGCUUGGGGAGAGCUGUUCCCGGCACGAGAACUGCGAGGCGAACGACAACAACUCGUACUGCAGCCACUCCAUCUGCCGCUGCAAACCACUUUUUCGUCGAGUCCUGGUGGCAGGCGAGAAUGUCACCCGCUGCCGAAGAGGUAACGAGCCCCGCGAAUCGUGCUACAACGUGGAAGACUGCAACGGCUCCAACGCCACCUGCUACGAGGGCCUGUGCAGGUGCCGCGAGGGCUUCUACAAAGACGAGGAUACCGACGACUGCAGGCCGAGAAGGUACCUGGAUGAGACAUGCGCCCGGGACUCCGACUGCGAGAGCCUGGUCAACAACUCCUAUUGCAGCAGCGACCGAUGCGACUGCAAGAACGGCUACAUCCGCGAGGGCGCUCUGCUCGACGAGCAGCAUUGCGAGAUAGACAGGGGAGGACGUGGGGCCUUGAAGAUCCUCUUCGCCCUCAUGCUUCCGGUGGUCGUGUGUGCGUUUGUUUACCUAUACAGGAACCGCAAGGUUAACCAGGCCAGCAAGAACCAGCCCGGAGAGGAAGACCGACAGUCAGCAGCCUCACCGGCUCCACAAGGGACCUACUCCACAGAUACGGGAGUAAAGUCUCCCUCGGUCAACACCCCGCUGUCACCCAUGCCUCCUGAUAUUAUCACCGGUAGUCCCGUCCAAGUACGCACAACUCUGGCCGUGGACACAAGGGGAAAGCCUCCGUGCACUUUCAGCAUCAUGGUCUGAUCACCUGGCUACGAGAUCGACCAGCCACCGCCAUCUCUCAGGAAGCAAGGAUUCUUGA